AUGAUAUUUACAACUACGGUCCUUCUUUUGAUCAUCCGAGAUGCGCAGUCGAUACUGAAUAGCCCUCUACCAUGUAUAAUAUGUCUAGAAUGUAACAACUCACGUGACUCGCUCACGCUAAGUAGUCGGAAGAAGAAGAGAGGGCUCUGGUGUUGCUACGCCUCUAUCACGCGGUUUUAUGAAUUAGAUUCGUGUCGUAAGGUCGAUCAUCCCUGCUGUGACUGUGAGAUAUCAAUAAGAAUACAAUUUUCUGAAAAACAAGGAAACCAACAAGGAACGCCGCAAAGACGAGUUAAACCUAACCCAUUUUUCUUUACCAUUUCCGACCCUCACGAGAUGAAAUCCAUCAAGAUUGGUGAAGAUUUGCCCUAUCGUCAACGAGGAAGACGUUUACAGAGUCCAAUCGCUAUGGGGCAGCCACCAAAGGAAACUGUUCUGGAAGAAGUUUUUAAAAAAGAAAAAGUAGAUGUUGAGGCUAAACCGUGGUCUCAUGUACGGUUAGUUAGGGUAACGUAA